AGUGUUUUAGUGUCCAAUUGAUGGAGUCUUCCCACUCAGUGUCUCGCUGAUGAACUCAGAAUACUCGGGGCGAGUGUGAAGUGUGUUGUUGGUGGGCGGUUCUCCGGAGAGCUGCAUGCUGUGACCCGCUCUGACCCGACCUGUUCUGCACAACAACACCACAUCACCACGAAGGAAUGCACUCUCGCUCUCCGGGAGAAAAGCUCUCUGCAGGGUGGAGCGACUAGAAAAAUCCUAUAAGUCUGCUUUUAGGGCUAAGGGCUGUCGUGUAUAUUCUGCUUCCAGGCUUUAAGGGGUGUCGCCUUAAGGGUUAACCGGUUUGUCGCCAAAAGUCUACUCCAUGGAGUUAAUGGCCGUCGUGUAAAGUAUGCGGGCGUAGUCUGCAUGGAAUAACAAACCAGUCGCGGACGCAUUCCUUCUAGGUUUAAGGGGUGGCGCGUAAAGUCGGAGUUAAGCCUAAAGUCACAACAAACCAGACGUGGAGUCUGUCAGUCUGACACCAUGAACGUCUCCGUGACGCGCAGCCCUCUUCUGGUCCUCUCCCGGACCCCUUACCCGGCAGGAAUCCUCCGACCCCAAGGACCCCGGUCCACCAGACGGAUCCACCUGCACACCACGACUACCGCGGCCCCCCAUAAGUAUAAGACCAUAGACGAGCUCCCGGGACCGACCGCAGCGGACACUGCCUACCUGCUUUUCGUCAAGGGCUACGCGGACAAGAGCCACGCCAUGCAGACUGAGUUCCGGGGCCGCUUCGGGUCCCUGUGGCGGUCCCGCUUCGGGCCCCUGGACCUGGUCAACGUGGCGUCUCCCGAGCUGGUCCUCAGGCUCCUGGACCAGGAGGGGGCACGGCCGGUCCGGGUGGAGCUCAGCCACUGGAGGGAGUACCGGGAGGCCAGGGGGCGGGGCCUGGGGCUGCAUGUCAGUACCGGUGACUCGUGGCUCCGCCUCCGGCGUGCUCUGGACCCCUUGCUGCUCCGGCCGGCGGCGGCGUUAGGCCACGCCCCCGCCCUCCGCCAGGUGGUGGAAGAUCUGCUGGCCCGUCUGGAGAGGCUCCGCCUCCAACGCCCCGAUGGGGGCGUGGCCAACAUGCAAGAGGAGCUGUACAAGUUCGGCUUCGAGAGCGUGGCGGCGGUGGUGUUCGAGACCCGUCUGGGCUGCCUCAAGGACCGGGUCCCUGAGGAGACCCUGCGGUUCAUCGCGGCCCUCAACGCCAUGUGGAGGCUCUCGGAGCCCGUCCUGCUGCUCCCGCGCUGGACCAGGGGCCUCCUGCCCUACUGGGGCCGCUUCGUACGGGCCUGGGACGACAUCACCCAGAUAGCCGACGGUCUGAUUGAAAGGAGGCUGCUGGUGCUGGAGGAGCGCUCGCGGCGAGGAGCGCCGGCGCCGGAGGGGGCGGGGCUCCUGACCGCCCUGCUGACCUCCAAGACCCUCCCCCGAGAGGAGGUCUACACCACCGUCACCGAGCUACUGCUGGGGGGCGUUGACACUACCUCAAACACCCUGUGCUGGGCGCUGUACCACCUGUCCCGGGACCCCCGGGCCCAGCACCUCCUCCACCAGGAGGCACUCUCCGAGUGUCCGGACCUCCAGGAGCCCACGGCCGACCACCUGACCAGGCUGCCCUACCUCAAGGCCGUCGUCAAGGAGACGCUGCGCCUGUACCCGGUGGUUCCCGGUAACGGUCGCCUGGUGUUAGAGAACGAGGUCUACCUGGAGGAUUACUGCUUCCCCAGGGGGACCCAGUUCCACCUCUGCCACUACGUUACGGGUCGGGAUGAGGCCCAGUUUAGGGCAAGCGAGAGCUUCCUCCCCGAGCGCUGGCUCCGGGGGGGAGCGGGGGAGAGCCGCCUCCCCCACCACCCCUACAGCUCAAUCCCCUUCGGGAGGGGCGUGCGAGGUUGCGUGGGCAAGAGGGUCGCCCAGCUGGAGAUGUAUCUCGCCCUCUUCAGGAUCAUGCAACACUACCAGGUCCUGCCCCAGGACCCAGAAGAGGUCGUGGAGGCCAAGACCCGGACACUCAUGAUCCCCGGAAAACCCAUCAAUCUGCGCUUCAUCCCCCGGGCCUGAGGGGGGAGGGGCCCGAGGGGGGCGGAGCCAGAGUCCUGCGAUUCAUCCCUCGGGCCUGAGGUGGACGGGGGAGGAAGGGGGCGGGGCCAAAGACCCUCACUUCAUCCUCCGGCCUGAGGGGCGGGGCCGGAGACCUGCUCCUUCUACCGCCAGCCUGAGGGGGCGGGGCCAGAGACCUGCUCCUUCUACUGCCAGCCUGAGGGGGCGGGGCCAGAGACCUGCUCCUUCUACUGCCAGCCUGAGGGGGCGGGGCCAGAGACCUGCUCCUUCUGCUGCCAGCCUGAGGGGGCGGGGCCAGAGACCAGCUCCUUCUACUGCCAGCCUGAGGGGGCGGGGCCAGAGACCUGCUACUGAGGGGGCGGGGCCAGAGAUGCCUCCUUUCCUUUACCUUUGUGGAAAACUUCAUCGGGUCAAGGAGAGAUGAAAAGGCGCUUACUUUUGAACACAGGAAAAGACGGCACUGUUUAAAAUGAAUUUGACUCCACUUUUCCUAACAUUGCGUGACGGCGAGUGUUGCCGACCUCUAGCGUCUCUAGCGUGAAACUACAAUUUUACAAGGCUGUCGUCAACAGUGAGAAUUACUUAGGUCGGACUUGGAAAACUGGAAUAUUUUAGGCCACUCGAAUCCCAAUUCACGUGUGAAAAAAAAGAGGCUCAAUUUAUGUUGAUGUUGAAAUGAACUGCCCCCAGUAGUUUGUCUUAAUGUGAAGUCUGCAUUUUUUUUCUUAUGGUGUAUAUUAUGUGCUUAUGUAACGAUAAAUUAUACAGCAGUAAUAUGUGUAACAGAGUCUAAUAUACAACUGUAAUAUGUAGUAUAAUUACACAAAAUCUGUUUUAAUAGUUAGAACCUGUCCGGCCUCCUGAGUCAAUAUGUGGAACGUUUGAGACUCAGUUUCUGUACCCCGAUGUGCACUUUCGUGGGGUCCCCCCUAUGAAAGUGCUUCACGCUUUUACCUAUCCCCUUUACUCCUUGGGAGAGGGGCUCACGUUAAUAACAGUUGACCGGAGGUUAUUGUUGUUAUUUACACCUUUGUCAGAAUAAACAGAGAUCGCCUCCAAAGAUA